AUGUCCACCGUACCUCAAUCGCCGACUCAGGACUCGUCUCAGACGACGCCAACUGAUGUACCUCCGUCUCCAAGUCAUGAUCCGUCCCAGAGUGCUCCCGAUGAUGGCUCUCAGGUCACGCCUGGCGUACCUUCAUCCCAGACCGUCGACCCGUCGCAGGCCUCCAGCGUUCCGGACACCACGACCUCUCCUUCUAUGAACCUCAUCACCGUGACCAACGCAGUGAACGCGGCAUCUCAAGGACAUGACAUCAACAACGAUCAAUGGAUGAAUAUGUGGUGCAACACGAACUGGGGUGACCUUCUGCAGCCCGCGCCCUUGUCCAUCUCUCUUCUUGGAAGUGUUAUGAUCAUCGCAUCCAGUACGGACGACUUCUCAUUGAUUUCCGAUUCGGGUGAUAGCACUGUUCCUAGUAACACCACCACUCAACCUGCCAGUACUAGUGCUCAGCCGCAGGUUACGUGGCAAUUCGCCAAAUAUCCCGACUCGUUCAAGGCCUGCCUUCAACAGAUGGUCGGGGAUGGAUACACUGCAUUCGAAGGCGCUCAUACCAACAUGACCCGAAUCCAGAACGCGUCAGGGCAAAUCCCGGCGUUGAUCGCACAGGCUGUUCAGCUCGUAAUCAACGGCUCUCCUCGGGAAGUGCAGGCUUUCCUCGGCGAUCAGUUGAAGGGCAUCUUGCAACUCGCCAACAUUUGCCAAGAAGCUGCGCUAGCGAGCGAAUCCGCCUUUCUAGAUAUCUGCGGACUCGCCCAGGAGCUGGUUCUGGCGUGUACCCACAAAGUCGGGACCACUGAGCAGAAACUCGUCGCGAACCAAGUUCACCUUGACGUCCUUCAAGUCCAGAAGGAUGCCGACGCACAGGCUGCACAAGAUGCAAAGAAGGCGAACGAUCUGAUGCAGAAAUCGUUCACCCAAGCUGAGGACGACUUUCAUAACGCUGUAAAGUCUGUUCCUUCUGGCUGGGAUCUUGUCGGCAUGGGCGUCGUUCAGUCCCUCACGUCUUUGUUAGUCUCUGCUGGCAAUGCGGCGAUUUCCACGUUCUCUCUCAAAGCACAAGCUGCCGCACUCGGUGUCGGGGCAUUCAAUAAGUUGACCGGCUCGAAUGGAAACCCGCCGCCAGUCAACCAGGCUGUCCCUCAAAUGCCGCCCACUACGUCGCCCAAUGGCAUCCCUACCCAACCUAACGGAGCAUGCCUAAGUGAUCCUGGCCUUCUUCAAGCAAACUCUGUCUUGUGCACGGUCAACGCGAUGAAGCAACUUGUUUCCGGAGGUCCGGAUGGCAAGCCGGACUGGGAUCAGAUCCGCGGCUCUGAUUCCACGAGCGGAGGUCAAUACGUGCAAGCGACCCUUCAGGAACAACAACAGCGGAUCGAUCCUAGCAUGCCGAUCUCAUCCAAGCUGGCCGAUGACAUAACGACAGCUCUUCGUAUUAUCGGCGAUAUCCUGAAAAUCUCGGGUUCGGUGGAUGCCACGGACGACGCAUUGGACGGAGACAAGGAGAGCAUCGACAAGCUUGUCACCAACCUCCAGGCUCUAGUGACCUCGUGCAACGUGCAACUUGGGCAACCGGGGCAAACACCGGUUGGACCAGCGACCCCGGCACCGCCUGCCGCGAAUGCCACCAGCAAUGCAGCUCAAUUGGCGGUAGAGAAUUCGAAGUUCCAAGUUGAUCAAACUCGCGCAAACCUUGAGGCAUCCAGGGACGCCUACGAGAAAGCGCAGGACCGCUUGGUCAAAGGACAGGCGGAGCUAGCGAAUACCAUUACCGAGAUCACAAGUCUUUCGCUGACAAAUGCAACGCUACAGAAUAUGCUGCCAGUGCUACGCAAAGCCGUGGGGGCAUUUACAACCUUGCGGGCCCAGUUUUCGCAGAUCACCCAGUUCUUUGAGAGCGUUGCCUCUUUGAUCACGGACGUGAUGACCCCGUCGGUUAGCAGGUGGUCCGCGGCUAUGUCUGACGCUGCCAGUAUCGCUGGCGUUACUGUUGGAGCCUUCACCCGUCAGAUGAUCUACAGUCAGAUGACGGUUCCGCUGAAGGUUAGCAUGCUGGCGGAAAAGGUGGCCAGCACGUACCUCGACGUGUCCACACAGUUCAUCAUGCCCGCCCAGCGACAAGUCGGUAACAUGCUUCAGUUUCCGGAAGGUACCACGCCUGCCGACAAAGCCGCGUUGCAAGUCAAACUGCAGAAGGCUCAGAGCGACCUGGCUAAGACUGCGACAGCGGCUAGCCAGCAUAUCUCGGCCCUAGUCACUGCCGAUCAGCAGGGCUUCUCCAAAUCGAUCAACAGUCGACUUGCAUCCAUCACCGCCGCAGUCCAGCCUGCUAUCCCGGCCAUUGCUCAACCUGUCCCCUCCGCCAUCUCAGGCGUUACGAAUGCUCGCGUCACGGACUACGAUGCCACGGCAGCUGCCACGAAUGCAGCUAAUCCGAUAUACGACACGAGCAGCAUGAUCUGA